AGUACUAGGAUUACAAGUUUGGGCUACCAUGGCCAGCGUCUUGCCAAAUAUAUUCCUAAUUUAUGUUAAGAGAUCUGCUUAUUAGAGCCAACAUGGCCACAGGAGGAGAGCCUUUUGAAGAAGUCAUGCAUGAUCAGGACUUACCAAACUGGAGCAAUGAGAGUGUGGAUGACCGACUCAACAAUAUGGAGUGGGGUGGCCAACAGAAGAAGGCCAAUAGAUCAUCAGAAAAGAAUAAGAAAAAGUUUGGUGUAGCAAGUGAUAAGAGGGUAACUAAUGAUAUUUCUCCGGAGUCAUCACCGGGAGUUGGAAGACGAAGAACAAAGAUUCCACAUACGUUUCCACACAGUAGAUACAUGACUCAGAUGUCUGUUCCAGAGCAGGCAGAAUUAGAGAAACUUAAACAGCGGAUAAACUUCAGUGAUUUAGAUCAGAGAAGUAUUGGAAGUGAUUCUCAAGGUAGAGCAACAGCGGCUAACAACAAACGUCAGCUUAGUGAAAACCGAAAGCCCUUCAACUUUUUGCCUAUGCAGAUUAAUACUAACAAGAGCAAGGAUGCUACUGCAAGUCUUCCAAAAAGAGAAACAACUGCAUCAGCACAGUGCAAGGAGCUGUUUGCCUCUGCUUUAAGUAAUGACCUUUUGCAAAACUGUCAAGUCUCUGAAGAAGAUGGCAGAGGAGAGCCUGCAAUGGAGAGCAGCCAGAUUGUAAGCAGGCUUGUUCAAAUUCGUGACUAUAUUACUAAAGCUAGUUCUAUGCGAGAAGAUCUUGUAGAGAAAAAUGAAAGAUCUGCUAAUGUUGACCGCCUUACUCAUCUAAUAGAACACCUUAAAGAACAAGAAAAGUCAUAUAUGAAGUUUCUCCAGAAAAUCCUUGCUAGAGAAAAUGAGGAGGAGGAUGUUCGGACUAUAGACUCAGCUGUGGGAUCUGGUUCUGUAGCUGAGAGCACAUCGCUAAACAUAGAUGUGCAGUCUGAGGCUUCAGAUACCACGGCCAGAGAUCCUCAACAGGAGCCUAUGGAAGAGACAGAAAAUUUGAAGAAACAACAUGAUUUAUUAAAAAGAAUGUUACAGCAGCAGGAGCAGCUGCGAGCACUACAGGGAAGACAAGCUGCUCUUCUAGCUUUGCAGCAUAAAGCAGAGCAGGCUAUAGCUGUGAUGGAUGAUUCUGUUGUUACAGAAACUACAGGAAGCUUAUCUGGAGUCAGCAUCACAUCAGAACUAAAUGAAGAACUGAAUGAUUUAAUCCAGCGUUUCCAUAAUCAGCUUCGUGAGUCUCAGCCUCCAACUGUUCCAGACAAUAGAAGACAGGCAGAAAGCCUUUCAUUAACUAGAGAGAUUUCUCAGAGCAGAAAUCCCUCAGUUUCUGAACAUUUACCUGAUGAGAAAGUACAGCUUUUUAGCAAAAUGAGAGUACUACAGGAAAAGAAACAGAAAAUGGACAAAUUACUUGGAGAACUUCAUACCCUUCGAGAUCAGCAUCUGAACAAUUCAUCAUUCAUGCCUUCAACUUCUCUCCAAAGAAGUGGGGAUAAAAGAAGUUCAGCUGUAGCUCUCUCUGCUCCUGUAGGAUUUGCACCAGUUGUCAAUGGAGAGUCCAGUAGCCUUAUGUCAUCGGUUCCUUGUCCUGCUGCUUCUCUAGUUUCUCAGAAUGAGAGUGAAAAUGAAGGUCAUCUAAAUCCAGCUGAAAAACUACAGAAGUUAAAUGAAGUUCAAAAGAGAUUGAAUGAACUGAGAGAAUUAGUUCAUUAUUAUGAACAGACAUCAGAUAUGAUGACAGAUGCUGUAAAUGAAAAUACAAAAGAUGAAGAAACUGAAGAGUCAGAAUAUGAUUCUGAGCAUGAAAAUUCUGAACCUGUUACUAACAUUAGAAAUCCACAGGUAGCUUCCACCUGGAAUGAAGUGAAUACUAACAGUAAUACACAGUGUAUUUCUAAUAAUAGAGAUGGGAGAUCAGUUAAUUCUAACUGUGAAAUUAACAACAGAUCUGCUGCCAACAUCAGAGCUUUAAACAUGCCUCCAUUAGACUGUCGAUACAAUAGAGAAGAACAGAGGAUGCAUGUAGCACGGGCUGAAGAUGAUGAAGAAGUAGAAGAGGAAGGAGUCAGUGGGGCUUCAUUGUCUAGUCAUAGGAGCAGUCUGGUUGAAGCACCAGAAGAUGAAGAAUUUGAACAGAAGAUUAGUAGACUCAUGGCUGCAAAAGAGAAACUUAAACAGCUCCAAGAUCUUGUUGCUAUGGUACAGGAUGAUGAUGCAAAUCAAGUGGUUGUCUCUGCCAGUACUUCAAAUUUGGGUGAUUUGUAUGCGGCAGAAGAAGAUACCAAACAAAAUUCAAAUAAUGCAAGAGAAAAUUCUAAUAAAACACAAAAAGAUACUGGAGUAAAUGAAAAAACAAGAGAGAAAUUUUAUGAGGCUAAGCUGCAGCAGCAACAGAGAGAGCUUAAACAGUUGCAGGAGGAAAGAAAGAAAUUGAUUGAAAUUCAAGAGAAAAUUCAAGCAGUGCAAAAGGCAUGCCCUGACCUUCAGCUAUCAGCCACUAGUAUGGGCAAUGGUCCCACAAAAAAAUAUCUACCAGCUAUUACUUCAACCCCAACUGUUAAUGAAACUGAGACCAGUACAAGCAAAUCUGCUAUUGAGCCUGAAGAUUCUUCAGUAGUGGAUAAUGAGUUGUGGUCAGACAUGCGAAGACAUGAAAUGUUAAGGGAAGAGCUACGACAGAGAAGGAAGCAACUGGAAGCUCUAAUGGCUGAACACCAGAGGAGGCAAGGUCUAGCUGAGACCUCAUCUCCAGUGGCUAUAUCAUUAAGAAGUGAUGGAUCUGAGAACCUGUGCACUCCUCAGCAAAGUAGAACAGAAAAAACAAUGGCAACUUGGGGAGGUUCUACUCAGUGUGCAUUAGAUGAAGAAGGAGAUGAGGAUGGUUAUCUUUCAGAAGGAGUUGUUCGGACAGAUGAAGAGGAAGAAGAAGAACAAGAUGCCGUUUCCAAUGACAACUUUCCUAUGUAUCAUCCUAGCAUGAGUCAAAAUGCUUAUACUGUAAAAGAAACUAAAAAUAGGUGGAAGAACAAUCGCCCUGUUUCAGCAGAUGGAAAUUAUCGCCCUUUAGCCAAGACAAGGCAACAGAAUAUCAGCAUGCAACGACAAGAAAACCUUCGAUGGGUGUCAGAGCUCUCUUACAUAGAAGAGAAAGAACAGUGGCAAGAACAAAUUAAUCAACUAAAGAAACAACUUGAUUUCAGUGUAAAUAUUUGUCAGACUUUGAUGCAAGACCAGCAGACCUUAUCCUGUUUGCUGCAGACUCUUCUUACAGGUCCAUACAGUGUUCUGCCAAGCAAUGUGGCAUCCCCUCAAGUACACCUUAUAAUGCACCAGUUGAACCAGUGCUACACACAGCUAACAUGGCAGCAAAAUAAUGUUCAGAGGUUAAAACAAAUGCUAACUGAACUUAUGCGCCAACAAAGUCAGCAUCCAGAAAAACCUAGAAGCAAAGAAAGAGGCAGUAGUGCAUCGCAUCCCUCUUCUCCCAAUUUAUUUUGUCCUUUCAGUUUUCCAACACAGCCUGUAAAUCUGUUUAAUCUGCCUGGAUUCGCUAACUUUCCAUCAUUUACACCAGGAAUGAAUUUUAGCCCUUUAUUUCCUUCUAAUUUUGGAGAUUUUUCUCAGAAUGUUUCUACACCUACUGAACAGCAACAGCCAUUGGCCCAGAAUCCUUCAGGAAAAACAGAGUAUAUGGCUUUUCCAAAACCCUUUGAAAGCAGUUCUUCUCUUGGAGCAGAAAAGCAAAGGAAUCAGAAACCGCCCAAAGAGGAAGUUGAAAACUCAAAUACACCAUGGUUAUAUGAUCGAGAAGGUGUAGUAGAAAAACCAUUUUUCAAGACUGGAUUUGCAGUGCCUGUAGAGAAAGCUACAAAUAGUAACCGCAAAAAUCAACCAGAUACAAGCAGGAGAAGACGCCAGUUUGACGAAGAAUCACUGGAAAGCUUUAGCAGUAUGCCUGAUCCCAUAGAUCCAACAACAGUAACUAAAACAUUUAAAACAAGAAAAGCAUCUGCCCAGGCUAGCCUGGCUUCUAAAGACAAAACUCCCAAAUCGAAGAGUAAGAAGAGAAAUUCUACUCAGCUGAAAAAUAGAGUUAAAAAUAUUGGGUAUGAAAGUGCCAGUGUGUCUAGCACAUGUGAACCUUGCAAAAGUAGGAACAGACAUUCAGCCCAGACUGAAGAGCCUGUUCAAGCAAAAUUAUUCAGCAGAAAGAAUCAUGAACAGCUGGAAAAAAUAAUAAAAUAUAGUAGGUCUGCAGAAGUAUCUUCAGAAACUGGAAGUGAUUUUUCCAUGUUUGAAGCUUUACGGGAUACUAUUUAUUCUGAAGUGGCUACAUUAAUUUCUCAGAAUGAGUCUCGUCCACAUUUUCUUAUUGAACUUUUCCAUGAGCUGCAGCUGCUUAAUACAGACUACUUGAGACAGAGAGCUUUAUAUGCAUUGCAGGAUAUCGUGUCCAGACAUAUUUCUGAAAGUGAUGAAAAAGAUGGAGAAAAUGUAAAAUCUGUGAAUUCUGGCACUUGGGUAGCAUCAAACUCAGAACUUACUCCAAGUGAGAGCCUUGCUACUACGGAUGAUGAAACUUUUGAGAAGAACUUUGAAAGAGAAACACAUAAAAUAAGUGAACAAAAUGAUGCUGACAAUGUGAGUGUCAUGUCGGUGUCUUCCAACUUUGAGCCUUUUGCAACAGAUGAUCUAGGUAACACUGUGAUUCACUUGGAUCAAGCAUUAGCUCGAAUGAGAGAAUAUGAACGCAUGAAGACUGAGACUGAAAGUAACUCAAAUAUGAGAUGUACUUGCAGGGUUAUUGAGGAUGAGGAUGGUGUUGCUGCCACUACCACAGCCACUACUUCCAAAGAAACUCCCAUGAUUGAGAAUCAUAGUUCACCACAACCUGUAAGUGAUGUUUCUGCCGUCCCCUGUCCUAGAAUUGAUACUCAGCAACUGGACCGCCAAAUUAAAGCAAUUAUGAAAGAAGUCAUUCCUUUCUUGAAGGAGCACAUGGAUGAGGUGUGUUCUUCUCAACUUCUCACUUCAGUAAGACGUAUGGUUUUGACGCUUACCCAACAAAAUGAUGAGAGCAAGGAAUUUGUGAAGUUCUUUCAUAAACAACUAGGAAGUAUAUUACAGGAUUCAUUAGCAAAAUUUGCAGGCAGAAAACUGAAAGACUGUGGAGAAGAUCUUCUUGUGGAGAUAUCUGAAGUGCUGUUUAAUGAAUUGGCUUUCUUUAAGCUCAUGCAAGAUUUGGAUAAUAAUAGUAUAGCUGUUAAACAGAGAUGUAAAAGGAAAAUCGAAGCAGCUGGAGUGAUACAGUCUUAUGCAAAAGAGGCCAAAAGGAUUCUUGAAGGAGAUCAUGGCUCACCUGCUGGAGAAAUUGAUGAUGAAGAUAAAGACAAGGAUGAGACUGAAAUUGUUAAGCAGACUCAGGCUUCAGAGGUAUAUGAUGCCAAAGUUCCCAAAAAUGUAAGAUCUGAUGUUUCUGAUCAAGAGGAAGAUGAAGAAAGUGAAAGGUGUCCAGUGUCUAUUAAUCUAUCUAAAGCAGAAAGUCAGGCUUUAACUAAUUAUGGAAGUGGAGAAGAUGAGAAUGAGGAUGAAGAAAUGGAAGACUUUGAAGAGAGUCCUGUGGAUGUCCAGACUUCACUUCAGGCUAACACUGAAACUACAGAAGAAAAUGAACACGACAGUCAGGUUCUGCAACAUGACCUUGAAAAUACAUCAGAAAGCACAAAUAUACCAUCAGACCAAGAACCAACUAGUAAGAAUGAUCAAGACAGCUCUCCUGUGAAACCUUGUUAUCUCAAUAUCUUGGAAAAUGAACAACCUUUAAAUAGUGCUAUCCAUAAGGACUCACUCAUUACUGCUGAUUCCUCUAAAGAGCCUGAUCCUUUGCCAUUAGCCUUGACUGCAAAUGAGACCUUAGUGCCUAGAGUCAAAGAAGUUAAGUCUGCUCAGGAAACUCCCGAGAGCUCUCUGGCUGGCAGUCCUGAUACUGAAUCUCCAGUGUUAGUGAAUGACUAUGAAGCAGAAUCUGGUAACAUAAGUCAAAAGUCUGAUGAAGAAGACUUUGUGAAAGUUGAGGAUUUGCCACUCAAACUGACAGUCUAUUCAGAGGCAGAGCUGAGGAAGAAAAUGGUAGAAGAAGAACAGAAAAACCAUUUAUCUGGUGAAAUUUGUGAAAUGCAGACUGAAGAAUUAGCUGGCAAUUCUCAGAUACUGAAAGAACCUGAAACAGUGGGAGCCCAGAGUAUAUGAAAUGUCUUCAGCGAUUCAUCUAACUCUCUUACAUAGUCAGUACAUAUAUUUAGGGGGAAAAAAAGACACUAAAUAAACAUUUGUUUUGAUCUGUAUAAAAUGUAAAUUAGUUUGACACUGCAUUUUUGAUGGUUGUGCUAGUUUCUGCCCAUGGCAGUUUAAACAUCAGAAUCUGAAUCCUGGACAGAUUCAAACUUUGACACACUAUGGGAUUUUUCUUUUUCUUUUAUUAUUGUUUUUCUUAUGGUCUUGACUCCCACCCUUCAUUGUAAUGUUUGGUAUGUUAACUUUAAAAUGUAGUUUUAAAUAAAGUUUGAACUUAUCUGUAAA